GGGAGGUUAAGAAACUUGCCCAAGGUUACACAACUGAUAGUUUUCAAAGCCAAGAUUUGAUCUGUGGAGCUUGUGCUCUUAACCAACAUCAUUCUGUCUCUCCCAAGCCAGUUGUUCCUAACUUUUUGGGGUCGUAUACAUCCUAGAGAGUGUAGUUUAAGCUCAAGGCCCUCUCCCAAGGAAAAUGCAGUUAAGCAGAAUUUUGCAAAAUAUUUCAGAGACUUCAGGGACCCCUAAAGCCCAUCAUCUAUCAAUCUCAGGCUUGAAACUGCUAUUUGUCUCAUACAUACUGAAGAGAACUGUCCAGGGAGAAAAGAGAAACGGUGCCAGCGCCGCAGGACUUCGCCUCUACAAACGCGGGAGGAGAGCUGUUCUACGUUGCACGUUGUGUGACGGAGAAGUCUGUUCACUGAAAAUCAGGAACCGAGAGCUCCCGGGACCGCAAUGCCCUGAGAACGCAGCCAGGUCGCGGAGCCUCCGGAGGCCGGUAACUGAAUGGGAUUCAGUAACGAAUGAACCACUGUCAGGCUCGACUGAAAUCUUGCGUCCCUCCCAGCAUCCUUGAGUCACGAGACGGGAUUCAGAGCGGUCAGGAUCUCCGAACUCUGGUAUCGCUGUUCCCGGUGCUGAAACGCCGCGGUCGCAAAGGGGAGCCGCGGCCGGAGCUUCAGGUGCCGCGCCGCAGCCGCUGCGGGAGCUGUCCAGUGCUGAACUCGGAUGCGGCCCGGCCGGCGGGGCUUAGACCCGAGCCUGCCGCACCCAGCAGAGCCAGGACCGCGCUUCUCGGAGCGCUGACGCAGAACGCUGGGCGAACGGGAAGCAGCGAGCUCCAAGCCCGGCAUGGACCUGCAGAGAUUCGACUCCUACCAGGGAGGAGCUGGCCCUGAGUUCAAUGACCACGUCCUGUAUAAGACCAUCCUGGUGGGCGACAGUGGCGUGGGGAAGACAUCUCUGCUGGUUCAGUUCGACCAGGGCAAGUUCAUCCCCGGCUCCUUCUCGGCCACCGUGGGCAUCGGAUUCACAGUGAUGCUUCUGGGAGACUCAGGCGUCGGGAAAACCUGUUUCCUGAUCCAAUUCAAAGACGGGGCCUUCCUGUCCGGGACCUUCAUAGCCACCGUCGGCAUAGACUUCAGGAACAAGGUGGUGACUGUGGAUGGUGUGAGAGUGAAGCUGCAGAUCUGGGACACCGCAGGGCAGGAGCGGUUCCGCAGUGUCACCCAUGCUUAUUACCGAGAUGCCCAGGCCUUGCUCCUGCUAUAUGACAUCACCAACAAGUCUUCCUUUGACAACAUCCGGGCCUGGCUCACUGAGAUUCAUGAGUACGCCCAGAGGGAUGUGGUGAUCAUGUUGCUAGGCAACAAGGCAGAUGUGAGCAGUGAAAGGGUGAUACGUUCAGAGGACGGAGAGACGCUGGCCAGGGAGUACGGAGUUCCCUUCAUGGAGACCAGCGCCAAGACGGGCAUGAAUGUGGAGUUAGCCUUUCUGGCCAUUGCCAAGGAGCUGAAAUACAGAGCCAGGCAACAGGCUGAUGAACCCAGCUUCCAGAUCCGAGACUAUGUGGAGUCCCAGAAGAAGCGCCCCAGCUGCUGCUCCUUCUUGUGAAUCCCAAGGGGCUGAGAGAAGGUUCCAGAAGCCCACGAGGAUACAGCCUGCUCCCCCAAAUCGGAUUGGUUCUGAGCAGCUGAGCCAAUGGGGAGAGAGUUGGGGGGAUCCAGGGCACAACCCCUUCCCAAGAGGGGGCUAUACUCCCACCCCUACCCUAGUUCCUGUAGCUUCUCUGCAUCCCCAGGGAGGGUAAAAUAUUUAUAUUUCAUUUCAAUGAUAAAUAAUGUAAUACAAAAAAAAAGGCACCAGAAAACCGAGAUAGGGACCUGGUAGCCCUUUUGCCUUCUAGUAUAUACUAGGAGUCUGUGGGUGCUGGGCCUCCCUUCUAGCUGUGAUGAGAGUGGCAUUGCUCCAGUUGACUACCAGGGGCCCUGAUGCACUUUGGGGGCGUGAGGGCAGGCAGUGUGCCCCGGCUCCCACCCUCACUUCAGCUGGAGGGAGGCUGAGCAGACCCCGGCCUUCAUUUCCUCUAGCUCUCCAGGGACAAUCUUCCCCAUAGGAUGGGCCCUUGUGCCAGGAGCUAGACCAAAGCUUAUCUCUUAUCAGGGAAGAUAAGAAAUGUGGAGAUUGGGCUGGGGCCCAGCUCCCAGGGAGGGGGAGAGUGGAGUAGCGGAGAUUGGGUCUGGCUGGCUACCUCUGGCAUUCCAACCCCCCCCCCCAGAGGUGUACCCCUUUUCCUUCAGCCCACAAUCACAUUGGGGUACCUGGAAACAUUCGGUUCCCAUUCUCUGGCCCUCAGAUCCAGGGGAGCCCCUCCUUCCUUAAUCCCUUCUCUCACCUGCCUUCCUGUCUCUGCCCCUAGAUACCUAAGGUCACAGCAAGGGAAAGGUUAUUCCUGUCCCAACCCUUUGGCAGGUAUGCAGCCCACAGGCUACUUUUUCAAAAAGCUGAGGUGCCAGAUAAAGAAAAACCUCUGACUCCUGGAGCAGGUGGGAAGCAAACCUCACCCCACGUGUAUCAAGUGCUGCCUCUCCCCUGACCACCAACACCCUUUUCUUCUGCGACAGACACCAGAGCCCAAACUGCUUUAUCUCCCCUCCUAUUGGGCCAAGUUAGGGAAUGAGAAGUCAUCCAUUUUCUGGAUAAAUCAACGUGAUGUGCGUGAUACGUGCAAAACAAGGUCAUGUGGGUAAGACUGGGGUGAGGAGAGGGGCAGCAAUGAGUUUUUGUGGGGCCAAGGUCACAUGGCUCCCAGAACCCUGACCCCAGACACCAGAAGGGGACAAGAGACGUGCAUGUUAUGACCAGAGGCACUUUCACUCCAGCUCUUCCAGGCUACGGGUGGGGGAAGGAGCAAGAAAGAGGUAUGCACUGCACAUUUCUGAGGCUACUGCAUUUGCUUUCAAGGCAGAAAUCUUGCUGUCUGAGCAGAGUCAGCAGCUCCUACUUGGGCCAGAUAAGGAAGCUCUCCUAGGCCUCUCCCAGGCAGAGCAAGGAGGAGCCUGACCUUGCCCAAGGCAGGUCGCAAGGGGUCCAAUCACAUAGGCUGCUCUGGGCCUCUAGCAUUUGUGUUCUUCAGAAUUAAACUGCAGUUUGGAAAGUA